GCAAGGACAACUGUUGAAAGAAUAGUACCAACAUCAUGAUGUUUAAGCUUCAGAAGUUGACCACGCUGCUAGCGGCGCUUCCUCUGCUGACAACUGCGUUCCCUGCAACACAAGCUACUGAGAAGACACCCUUACCGCUAAUCAUCUGGCACGGAUUAGGCGACAGCUAUCGAGCCGACGGGCUCAAGGAAGUGGCACAGCUUGCUGAAGAAAUCAAUCCUGGUACAUAUGUACAUAUAAUCCAUCUCGAUGAAUCAGAUAAUGGAGACCGGGAGGCCACCUUUAUUGGCAACCUCACCGAACAAAUCGCCCAGGUCUGCGAACAAUUGGCCUCCGAACCCAUCUUGAGCACAGCGCCAGCUGUUAAUGCACUAGGCUUCUCUCAAGGAGGACAAUUCCUGCGAGCUUUCGUUCAAAGGUGUAACUUUCCCAAAGUCCGCAAUCUAGUGACAUUGGGAAGUCAGCAUAACGGCAUUUACAAAUUCCAAUCCUGCCAGAGCUCCGGUGACUGGGUUUGUCGCAGCGCCGAGGCUCUCUUACGCUUCGGGAGAUGGUCUGACUUUGUACAAUCACGACUUGUCCCUGCUCAAUAUUUCCGCGAUGUUAAUGAGUACGACUCAUAUCUUGAACACAGCAACUUCCUUGCCGAUAUUAAUAACGAGCGGGAGUUGAAAAAAACUCUUUACAAAUCUAAUCUCAUGUCGCUGAAUCGUUUUGGCAUGUUUAUGUUCUCGGACGAUACGACAGCCAUUCCUAAAGAGAGCGCAUGGUUUGCCGAAGUUAAUCAGACCAACGGCGAGAUCACGACUUUACGCGAACGCCCAAUAUAUAAGGAAGAUUGGCUAGGAUUACGUUCAUUGGACGAGCAAGGAAAACUAGACUUUGAGAUUAUUCCCGGUCCACAUAUGGCGCUUAGCGAGAAGGUCUUGACUGAGAUUUUUACGGAGUAUUUCGGUCCUGUGGAGGUCUCCGAUGAAACGUCAACUCUGCCUCAGUUGAUGGUUGCACAGGGCACUUAAAUACUGCAUGCGCAUCCAAUCUAUGAACAGAGCUGAUCGUAUAAUAUCUAGUAAAAAUUAUUGAUCUGAAGACCGAGCCACGAUAGAUAUCUUUAUCAAGUCUAUUUUCAACCAGAAACAAAUUCCAGCGUAUGGAUUCGUCGAAAACCACCAAUCAGAGCCUGUUUUCUUAGUUGAUGUCUGUCGUCGGGCCCUAACCGCCAGCUCGGACCCGAAAUUUUUAACGACCGAAGGCAACAAAGAGCCGUGUCUAAGGACCGAAGUAGUCAAUAAAAUCGUAUAUAACUCA